AUGGAAUGGCAGGCUGACAUAUGGAACCACCUUCAUCUUCUGAGGGAACCACUUCAGGAGAGCAUAAAGGCUUCCCCACAGGCAUGGUGGAUUGACAAGUCAUAUUUCUGUGGUAAUGCUGAAUUGAAAGGCUCCAUCAACCUGUCACCCAUGUGGUUUCAACAGGGUCAUGAGGUCUCAUGGCUGCUCAAAUCCAGGACAGCAAACACUUCUGCAAGGGAAUGGGUCAACCAAAUGUCCAACAUGAAUGCCCUGUUAUCUGCAAUCCUGCAUGUCAUUCAUCCACAAGUGUAUGCAGAUGGCAGGGAAGCUUUGAUCUGCCUUGGCAAACAGGUGGAACAGUGGGCAGAUUCAGAUAUGACCUCCAUACUGCCAAUAUGGAGCUCCACAUAUAGCAGCAUGUCCAUGAUGGUGAAUCAGGCAUCUUGUUAUCACAGGGAUAUCAAUGGACAGGAUCUGUGGUAUGACAUGCUUGUAACUGUGGGAGACUACCCACCCUUGGACUUCAUUCCAACAUUGGAUCUGUGGCUGUGCUACAACCCCAGGAUGAUCAUCACAUUUUCAGGCUCAGCAUUGGAACAUGGGGUGGGCACUGUAGACAGGGACAGAGCAUGCCUGGCAAACAGGUAA